CAAAAUAAGACAAGACAAGCCCGAAACUUCCCACACCUGGAUUUUUCGCACCGUCAAUCCAACUUCACAAGCCAGAAGAACAAGAUCCAUUUUGGGCGCGUUUUUCUUAGCCCAACCCAAGAAGUGUCUUUCUCUUCUCCAUCGCCCGGUUUAGCAGGCAUUUGAUUUGAUUGAUCAUUAUCUAGGUAUACUACUGUGAUCCUCGCUCACUACCUAUCUACCUAGGUUCCUUUCAUCAUCCAUCUUCAUCUCCUGUCAUAUUCCAACAACGCCAGAAAGUUGCCUUGCUUUAGUCGCUUCUGUCCGCCCGUCCAGGUUUUAGGUUCCAAGUCGCGAUCGCGCUUGGAUAUGAUGCAGUAGCUGUGCCACUAUAGCCAUCAUCUUUCUUUUUUUUUAAUACUACAUACCAGUAUCCCACAGUUUCCUUUCAAUCGGUAAGGUUAGGAUUACUGUCGUGAUGACGAGAGAACGGAAGAAGGUUCCAGCGCCACGCGCUGGCGUCCAAGCCCUAACUCGACGCUCCAAAAUGGAGAGAGUACGACAACAGCAUGAUCAUACAUGGCGAAGUUUGAAUCCGUUAAAGGAACCGCCUAAAAUGAAACACAAGACCACUUUCGAAUUGGUCCAGAACGCCGAUAAGAAGAAGAAACUUGAGUUCAAGAUCACCACCGAUAAGCAACCACCUCCGGGUUUCGAGUUUGUCCCCAUAGGAAAUCCAGAUCUAUCGCAAAUGUGCAAGGACAUGUCCCGAGAACAAGAUGCGAUGAUUUUUAUUGUUUCUGAGGGCAAGAAUCCUGAUAAUCUCGAGCACCACAUGAACCGUGUUGGCUACCAUUUUAGGCAAAUGAUAGUUGAACAGGCUCGUCCGAAGCUUAAGAAAUCCUGCAAUGCUGCUCCAGCCCAUCAGCAUAGCGAACCAGAACCAAUUCCACAGGAUCAAAACGAAAUCAAUGACCAAGCCGAUGCUGUUCUGAGAGACCUUUUUCCGAGAAUACCACAUACCGAUCGGCGCCAAAUCAUCCAACAUGCCUUCCAAAAAGACGGUAAAUUCCAUGGCGAGUAUAGAGUUGGCAUGGCUAAAGAACUAACACUAGCACGACGGGUUCAACUUGCUGCGAUUGCUCACAUCAGACAUACGCAUACUCGUUAUGAUGACCUGCUGAAGCAGACUAGUUGGGCCAACGCUCGAAGAGCUGUAGAAAAACCCUGUCUAGAUAUCAUCGUCAAGUGGCGAGGUGAUGAAGAGACUGGCCGUGACCAGCUCGACGAGAUCCUUCGUGAAGUCAUCGAAAUUUCAGAUACUGAAGAAGACUCCGAGGAUGAAACACCUUAUGCGGAGCCCACGCUUACGCCGCGCGUUGGAACCAUGCCUGCCGGAGAGCUGCCAAGAUAUGCGGCAGAACCCUUACCUCUGGAGCUUGCGAGUCAUCAGCCGUCUUCUCAAGCUCAUAGACGUGAACCAUCCGUCCCAGGUGUCCUUACGUCAACUAGACAGAAAGCGAUUGCCAAGGCCGAGAAGAGGACUGCUCGAAAGACCCAGCGAUUCAGGAGGUAUGCUGCCGCUGCUGAAGCCCUAGCCGGUGUAGUCGAUGACCAAAGGAGCCGCGAUAACGUUCCCAUUAUGGUCCCACGUGGUGCUGCUCCGAUGGAUUCGGCCAGGCGUCCGGGUUCCGUUCACACCAUUAACUCUAGUCGUGAGCCAACCGUGGCCGCGCGUGGUACUCCUGACAUUGAACAGAUGCCGCGCCAUUUCGAAUUACGAACGGACUCUCAGCGCUUUAAUAGAGCCCCCGGAGAGAGAAUUCCUACAAUUCCUCGCGGUAUUGAAACCAAUGGAUAUGCAUCACCCCGACCAUUGAAUGAACUGGGAGAUCAUAGGCCCAAAGUUGGGCACGUUCAACCAAGUUACAGCCAUCCACAUGGCCCACUCUCGCCGGUAAGAAAUGGAUUACAGGACAUGGUAUUACAGUCUAUUGAACCUGCGUCUCCUGUUACUCCCCGCAAGGCGCAGGAUUCAUCUCGUAUCGUGUAUCGUGAGCCUCAGCGCUUUGUAGAAGCGCCCCGUGUCUAUCGACCAAUUCAUGAACCCAUGGGUUCCGGGCCCCGCCCUUGGUCCCCUAGGGUUGUGAGUAGUGGCAAUGGAUCGGUAGCGAUGCCCCACCGUACUGAUUACCCGCCGAGGGAUUUUGGUACACGUACUGGACCUGCGUUCGUCGAGAUUGACCGUCAGAAUCGCGGGGAGGAUUUGCGACAUGCUCCCGCUGAAUAUUUUACAGACAGGCCACUAUCGCCUUAUAGACCUACGAGCGAUCUUCCGGCUCACAACCGGCUACAGCCACUUCCUAGUGAAAGAGUGGCCCACUAUAGCGGUGAUGUUCCUCUUAGAACUAGACCACACCAGGUCGUCAUUGAUGAUGACGAACCAUCUUAUCGGCCUCGUCAAGUAGUCGAGGUGCGACGACAUCCCAAUGGAGAUUACCCAAUUCCUCCAUUAAGACGAGGGGAACCAGCCCCUCGAUUCCCUGUUCAAGAACCCGCUCAUCACCGAGAUGGUGCCGAGGUUAUAUAUAUUGACACAGUAUCUGACCGGCCAAGAAGCGCUCUUGACUACCGUGGCCCAAUUGAUGUUCCCAAUGGCGGGUUACCUCCAUUCCAGGAGUCUAGAAUCCGUAGAACAGCAGCGACAGGGCCACGACACCACGUAGUUGAUGCUCCCGCGAGCUAUGACCCGGGUUAUCACAGGGAACCGUUACGUAGUCAACAACUGGAUCAUGGUUUAUCUGGUAAUGUAUACUGUGAAGGAGGACGCGUUCCCCUUCCCGAUUUAGACCAACCCGAAGUGCGCUACGUACCAACUCAACGACGUCUUCAGGAACGACCAGAUUUUGCGCCAAUUUCCGACCCUCAUCAGGAUCGACGGGAGAUUCGGUACUACAGAGUAGGCGAGGCUGGCGAGGCUAGCGAGACUGCUUUGCCGCCGGUAGAAUACCGUCAUGAUUAUCGACCACGUCUCGUAGCACCUUCAGCUCACGACCAUUAUAUGGAAAAUCAUGAUGCUCCGCUUCGACAUUACGCUCCGGAACAUCGCAUGGUUUAUGUAGACCAAUAGUAUUGAGCAAACGAAUCCUUCGACAACGAUGGUACUGAUUAGGCGAGGAAAUUUUUCCUUUGAAAUUCCGCUUUUCAAGGUCAGGGGAUGGAUGACACGAGGCGUUAUGGGUUAUAAGGGAGGAUGACGUCGGCACAUUUCCAACCAGCAUAAGAUACCCUCCGUUCGGCAUUAAAAAUUUCUAAUCACUGUUGCAUGGCCAGGAGUUAUCGGCAUUUGCAUCACGGUAUAAGGAAGGCAUUGCAUAACUAUAGAAUAACCAGGAAGGUUAAGGAGUUCCCAGAAUUGCAUUUUCGGCUUGGCUAGGGAGUUAAGAAAGUCAUUUUUCUAUACAUCCUGUAUAUAUUUUAAGGAGACGUCGAGAGGGACAAUAACCUUGGCUGAAUCCAAUACACACUUUGCAUCCUA